CACACAAAACACACACAAAUGCCCACAUAGAGAAAUGGACUACCACUUUUGAAAUGGGUUUCUAGCAGUCCAGAUCUGUCACCUAUUGAAACUUUGUGGCACGAGAUGAAAAAGGUUCUACGACAACAUCCUGCUCGUACAAUCUCCGAACUGAGGCAAAAGCUUCAAGAAAUAUGGGAUUGUUUUACACCAAAUUUUUGCCAACACUUGGCCAAAGCUUCGGAGGAACCCUAGACAUAAGUGCUUCGACAUCCGAGCUCCUAAGAGCUUAUCCUUGUCACAAAAAUGACGCAACAUCCACGAAUAGGCAAACGAAAUGA